AUGGAAAUCAUUAAAGAUUACCAGGUAAAAGAUCUUAAGGAAAAGGAAGUCACAGAUAUCAUGCUUCUUGGCAGUUCUCAACUUCAAAAUUAUAGCAGUUUACCUUCCAAAGAAAUCGAAAGGCAGGAAAAUUCUACCAAGGACAUUUCUGAAGAGAAUAAUUCCCUAAGUACUCAGUUUAUAAACAUCAGUGAUCUUAAAGUAGAGAAGCUCUAUAUAAGUGAAGAGUGUGGAGAAGGAUUUAGUGGCAACUCAAGCUUUCAUGUUCAUCAGAGAGUUCACAUGGGAGAGAAUUUAAACCAAGGUAAAGAGUAUGACAGAAGAUUCGAUGAUACUUCAAAUUUUCAUAAUAAUCAGAGCGUCCAUAUAAGAGAGCAAUCCAAUAAAGGUGAAGAGAUGGAAAAUGUUCAUCCAAGUUCAUACAUUCCAGAUGGUCAGAGAAUACACAAAGGGGAGAAACCCUAUCACUGCAAAGACUGUGACAAAAGAUUCAAGGAUAACUCAAGCUUGCAGAUUCAUCAGAGAGUCCAUACAGGAGAGAAACCCUAUCACUGCAAAGACUGUGACAAAAGAUUCAGUAUCAAGUCAAACCUUCAUGUCCAUCAGAGAAUCCAUACAGGAGAGAAACCUUAUCAAUGUGAUGAAUGUAGGAAAUGUUUUUCUCAGAAGUCACAUCUUCUUACUCAUCUGAGAAUCCACGUAAAAGAGAAACCUUAUCAAUGCCAGGUGUGUGACAAAAGAUUCCGUUCCCGCUAUAAUUUAUACUUUCAUCAUAGACUCCACACAAGAGAGAAACCCUAUCAUUGUACUGAAUGUGGAAAGUGUUUCGGUUGGCCGUCAAAUCUUCAUGCACAUCAGAAAGUCCACACAGGAGAGAAACCCUAUCAAUGUAAUGCAUGUGGGAAAUGUUUCAGUCAAAGGCCACAUCUUCAGGCUCAUCUGAGAAUUCACAAAGCAGAGAAGCCCUUGCAAUGUAUAGAGGGUGAGAAAAGAUUCCAGAACAACUCAAGAAAAAUCCCCACAAAAGAAAAACCUCUACAAUGCAAAGAAUGUGGGGAAAGAUUUGAGAACGAAUCAAAUUUUCAUGUUCAUCAGAAAAUACACAAAGGAGAGAAAUCUCAUCCAUGCAAAGAGUGUGGGAAAGGUUUUGGAAAUAGCUCAAGCUUGCAUGCCCAUCAGAAAGUCCACACAGGAGAGAAACCCUAUCACUGCAAAGACUGUGACAAAAGAUUCAAGGAUAACUCAAGCUUGCAGAUUCAUCAGAGAGUCCAUACAGGAGAGAAACCCUAUCACUGCAAAGACUGUGACAAAAAAUUCAGUAUCAAGUCAAACCUUCAUGUCCACCAGAGAAUCCAUACAGGAGAGAAACCUUAUCAAUGUGAUGAAUGUAGGAAAUGUUUUUCUCAGAAGUCACAUCUUCAUACUCAUCAAAGAGUCCACAAUAGAAUUUGA